ACGUACAAUUUCGAGCAAAUUCGUGGAUUGAAUUGGACUACCCGGGCUUUCAAGCAUCCGGGGACAUCCACAAAACAAAUGAAGAUCUAUGCAGGAUGGUAUGCCGCUUGCGCUGUGCUCUGCGUUUGCGCGUAUCCGUCGAGAGACCGACCUAACGAGAUGUACGUUAGCAGCUCGAGAUUCAAUUCGAAAUCAACCAUAGCUGACGACUACGGUUUCGAGAAGCAGCUAUCUGCGACUAAGUUGUUCGAGAUCCUCGAGGAUGAAGAGUUCGAGGAGAAGAAACCGUCAACGAUGAGAGCAAUCGUUGCGAGAGCAAAGACCAGCCCGGUUCUGCUACCCUUGAUCAUAGAACCCGAGGCGGAAAUGUUGCCGGCCGAUUACGAAGGCGUCAAGUCGCCUGGAGUCACCCACAUGGAACUUGCGUUCGCGAAACCGCAAACCCGCCCGUCGUCAGGUAGCAAGAGUGCGACAUUACGAGCUUCGGCGACGAAUGACGAGUACUCCGGUGAAUCCGGCGGAUUUAAUCGAGAUAACGAUGCGCAUUAUGCUGCGUCGAAGCACGAGACGCAAGUCACAAGAGAUGAUCGCGGUACCGGCAGUCUCUCCGUUGUCGAGGUAGGUUCGAAGGGCGACGAGAGAAAGCAGAACGAGAAGGCUGAGUACGCCGAAGUCUCCGGCGCGAGUAAAAGCCAUUCCGAAAACGAGAAUCGCGCGAAGAAUCAUAAAGAAGAAGUCGUAAAAAAGAAGGAAGCUACCUACGAGACCAGAGAUGGCCGCGAGAAGGCCCGUAAUACCGCCGGAUAUCGCAACGUUUAUCACAGAGAUGAGUUCAAGAAAGACGCUGAUUUCUACAAUAACGACCGUCAAGGUGGACAUUUCGAGAAGCACGGUCGAUAUGGUGAAAAACACGACGCUGCUGAAGGCGAAUACGUAAAAGGCAGGAGUAACGGUUCCAGAUUCGUCGAGGUGGGAGCCAACAACCAGAGAAAGUUCGAAGAAAAGACGAGAGACAACCAAGAAGCCCAAGGUCACCCUAAGACGGAUUCCUUCCUGGGAACUUGGGCGGAUUCAUGAAGCAGACAGGCUUAACGAAGGGUUGAAAGUUCGCUUUCAGCAACGGCGACCCAAGUUAACAUGUUAUGACGCUUGCGUGAGUCGUAAUUGUACAGUAUUUAAUUCAGAGAUAAAUACAAAAAUAUUCGAACAAAUGCUAGACGUAACCAUGUAUUUAACGCACGUAUAUUUAUCGCAUUUCAUUUCAUAGGUUUCGUGUACACAUAACGCGUUAAGUAAAAUAUAAAAUUAUAUAAGCGCGAAUUCUCUGUUUCCUUCCGCUUUCGUA